CUUGAAUUUCAGGCCCUUUAAGCCUUUGAUCUAUCUGGCGGAUGCGGCGUUCAUCAAAGCUAGGUACAGCGCCUGAGUCUCCUCGUCAUCUUGGCUUAUGUCAGUUGCAAUUGGCGGUUUUCUCAGAAUAUAACGUGUCGCUUUCAUUAUGAUCAAUCAAGUACUCGGGCCCCGUCGGGUUGUUUCACAAUGAUCGAAGAUCAGCCCGAACUCAAGGCGCUCGGCGGCAAGCACAAUCUUAUGCAAAUCUCAGCCACCCGAAAUGUCACCUACGGCAAGCUUUGGAGGGCCUUUCGUGGUAAUGCAACGAAGUCAACACGUAGGCCUGUUGGCCAGAGGUUGGAUAAGGCUCAAGCACUUGCCUUGAAGCAAUUUUUGGACCAUAUAGACAGUAUUAGGUUUAGAAUUCGUCGAGAGAUGGUACGCGAUGCCGCCAAUUCGAUUUUAGCCCGAAAUCACACUGUACUUUACAACAAUAACGAAGCCCCCCCACGCGUAGGCAUUCACUGGCCAAUAAGAUACCUUGAGAAUACAUCAUACAACAAAACCAAGGCCAAGCCUAUUGAAACUUCACGGAAAAGGGCACAGGAUCCCGCCUACAUACAGACCUGGUUCGAAGGGCAAGCUGCCUACUGCAAAUAGCAUGGAAUUAUACCAGAUAACUACUGGAACUUUGAUAAGUGCGGCGUACGCCUUGGUGUAGCAUGUAGCCAGCUAGUUUAGACCGGCGUAGGGAGGGAGAUCUACGUGCCUUAUUUAAAUAGUAGAGAGCUAGUAAUACUAGUAGAAACAGUGCGUUUAAACGGUAAAUAUAUAGCUCUAAUAAUUAUUAUUACUGGCCAGCACU